ACAAUUCUAAUCCCUUUAAAACCUCACAAGAAAAUAAUGUAAAAUCACAAAAACUUUCUGUUUUACUUCCUCACGAUUCUUCAAGUAGCGCUAAAUCCGUCUCUGACCGUUCUAGUCCGUUAUCUGAAACCCGUAUAAAUGCCUUAUUUCCAGAAAUAACUCAACUAAAAUUGAAUAAAUCAUCAGACGACGAUGAUGAUGAAUACAUGAUUGAAUUAAAGCUGAAUGAAGGCAAUAAUAUGCGUUGUUAUACCUACGAUGAAGAGGUACCUGAUUUACCAAGUGAUUUGGUAAUUAAUGACGAAAGCUCUUCAGGAUCUAAAAAUUGUGGUCUGUCAAGCGGUCAAGCAUUAGAAAAAUUGGUUAAAAUAGCAAAUGACAUUCUUGAUGAACACAAUUCUCCAUUGCAAACUAGCAAAC